ACUACACUCGCGUAUAGCUGUGAAUUGAUGAACCUGACAAACCACGGCAGCUGACGCCAAUCGUAUCCUGCAGCUCCGUUGCUUUUAUGGAGCAUUGAGUUGUGUAAAAUUCAGCUUAGUUAAUACAUAAAGUCUUUAAAAUGCUGCUCUGAGUAGGCCAGUCCAAAAGCCGAGGAGAUGGCUCCGACGUCUCACCUCCCAAAGCUACCGGGAGCUACUCUUGACGAUGGUGACCUAUCGUUAAAUCCCGCCAUUUACAUGUCGAAGGACACUCGACGGGUGCAAAAAUUGGCGCCCGUGGUCACGGUUGACGAGUUGCGCAAGACGGGGGUGCUGGGCGCGCGCCACACCAUCACGUCCAGCCUGGCUUACCCCGGCCUGACCGCCAAGUCCCUUUGGGAGCCCCCAGACGCCGGAGCGGGCUCUGGUGGGGAUGCGGACGACAGCGCCAGUGACUCGCCCUCCGCAGCCAGCGGUGCUGCGCGCGGCAGCCCGGCCGCCGCCAAGGGGCCGGUGCGCAUGGCCUCACCCGACCAGUACGAUGCCACUGCGGCGGCUCGAAGCACGCUGAUUCACGAGCGGCCCAAUGUGGUUGAGCGCAUGGAGAAGGGCGUGGCGGUGUGCGGCGUGCUGCGGGACAACCGCCACUACCGCCUCAACUCACUGGGUGUGUUCCACGCCGGCGUCAACGACGUGCGCACGCGCUCCAUGCACCGAGUGGAGCUGCACAAGCACCUGUCCAGCACCAACCUGCGCGCGCCGCAGGGAGACAAGGAGGUUCGCAGCGCGGUGCAGCAGGACAAUGUGGGCACUCGGCUGGAGAAGAUGUACAACCGCGUGCUCAAGUCGCAGUACCUCACAGACGACCCAGGGUCAGUCACAUGGGGCGUGCAAGCCGGCAGCGGCGGUGGCGCCGGCGGCGGGCGCGGCGGCGCGGGCGGCCUGUCUCAAGUGGCGUCGGGCACGGCGCCGCCUGGGCUCAACGGAAGCCCUAGUGGGCCUGUGGGCAAUGGUGCGGGGGGCGGCGGCUCGCCGGGCGGCCUGCGGAAGGUGUUAGCCGCCGGCGGCACCUCGCAGCGGCGCCUUGGCGGCCCGGGAGGAAUGUCCAUAAGCAUACACGACGACUCCAAGGCGGGCCCGGGGCCCGGCUCUGAAGUAUUGCGCGGCAAAGCGCAGGGCAGCGUCCUGCUGACGCCCAGCCACGCAACGGCGCGGAGUGGCGGCGGCGGCACCAUGAACAGCCCCACACACGCCGCCCGCAGCGGCGGCGGCGCGGGUAUGCCGCAGUCACCAUCCAUGCUAGUACGGCACGGCAGCCCUGGGCCGGGUGGUGCCGGCAGUCCGGGGCCGGGGCUGGGCAGCUCGCAGCAGCUGCCGAAUCCAUUCGCUGGGGGGCCCGGCGCGGGCAACACGACCUCGCCCAACGCGCAACAGCAGCGCGACCUGGGCGGCACAAGCAAGGGCACAGCCCGCUCGGCGGACUACUGGGUGAAGGUGACGCUGCCGCCCGAGGUGAUCGAGGCGCAGCUGCGACACCUGGCAGCCACCACCGAGGCCAACCUGAGGGCAUACCAUGCCAGGGUGGCGGCGGCGCAGGACGAGCUGCUGCACAGCAGUGGCCUGGGGCCGGAGACGCUGGGCCUGAACCCGGAGCAGGUGGAGCAGUCGCUCAAGGUCAAACUGGGUCAGAUACAGGAGGACACGACCGCCAACGAUUUCAACUACUCCUCACUCAGCCGGGAGGCGGUGCUGGCCUCAAGGCUCGGCGCCGCCUCGAAGCAGCUGCUCACAGCCACCAGCUUACCGCAGUUCAUCCGGGCCGCGCUGGAGCACGUCACGCAGCACAGCUCAGAGCUGCAGCAGCUGGCGGAACCCGACCGAGCCAAGGCAGAGCAUGGGAACACGCACCGCCGCAAGCGGCUUGGCAAGGCGGCGCCGGUCGGGCUGGGGGCAGGCAAUGGCGACGGAAGCGCACCGGGUGUUGGCGCCGCCGCCGCCGCCGCCGCUGGCGACAGCGACGGCGAAGGCGGCAGCAUGCGGCGCAGCAGCGGCUCCGAGCUCUGGCCCGAGUACAGCUCGGUACGACACCGUGCGGCGGAGUUCGGAUGGACGGCACCCGAGCACCGAGCCUCCAUGGCCUUGGGCAUCGACUCGCCCACCCGUGCGUCUGAGGCCGGGGGGCCGGGCGCCAGCACCGCCGGCGGGGAAGAGGGCGGCGAGGGCGGGGCAGGGGAGCGCUGGCGGCCGCCGCCGCCGGCCCGUGUGCCGGCUGGGUCGCCGCCUCCGACGGCGCCUGGCGAGCGCAGGAUGGGCCGCACCAUCACCAUCAUGCGCCGGCCGGACGCCAUGAUCACGGAGGACUGGAUGGAGGAGUUCCGCGACCAGCUGCUCGAAAUUGAGAGCAGCCCCGUGGCGCCGCACAGCCCGCCCGACGGCAUCCAGCCGCUGCCGCCGCUGGGCGCAGGCGACAUGGACGCGGGCGCCUAUGUGCGCUCGCGGCUGGAGCGGCUGUGGGGCGUGCUGGGCAUGCCGCCGCACACGCGGCUGGACAUGGUGCUGUUCUUCACUAGCCGUGACCGCGCACUCACCUUUGCAGGCAGCCUGGAGCUGUGGGAGGCGGCCGCGGCGGCGGUGCUGUCGCGCGAGUCGCAGGUGGAGGCGCUGGUUUCGGUUCAGCACGAGAUCGAGUCCAACAACGCGGACCGCCUCAGCCUGGGCGCCCUGUCCGCGCUGUGCGUGCGUGUGCUGCAGCAGACGCGGUGGGUGGCGGCGCUGAGCGAGCGGUUGCGGCAGGACAACGGCUGGGAGCUGACCUUCAACGGGCAGCCGUACCCGGGCCCAGAUGCCAUCAGCUCCACACACCUUGUGGCAUUCAUGGAGAUGUUGAGGCAGGCCACGGAGGUCACGGGGCUGCGGCCUUGAGCUGCGAGAGCGGCCCGGUGUGGCGGUGCUUGGUGGUGGUGGUGGUGGGGGGGCUACGCAGGUGUGGGGAGCACGGACGGGGAGCUAUGGGCGCUUCGCAGUAUUGGUGAGGGGAUUGAAUUUGCAUGUGCAAGUUUGUUGUUUUUGUGGUGUGUGUGGGGGGGGGGGGCAAGUUCGACGGCGAAUACGGGCGGGCAGCGGCAGGGGUAGCGGCAAGGUGGUGCAGGCUGUAGGAGGAAGCGGGGGUAAGUGGCAGACUGGCAGUGCUGGGCUCACAUGCAUUCUUGUAAGCUCGUAAUUGUGGGUUGAACAGCCGUUGCACUGCGUUACACUCCGCGCACUCGCAUCAUUGGUGUAAUAUGUUGUGUCAGCAAGGCGUCGGGCGGGUAAGGCGGGUAAGGCGCAGGCAGGGGCAGCACCGUAAAAUGACCACAGACCGCACAGACGGAGGCCGCAGUGAAUCAAUGAUGCUGGUGGAGUGGUGGGCUGAUUCUUGAAGGGGCGAUGCGCACGGAGAGCGGCCAAGGAUGCGCUGCUGGCUGAAGCCAGGCUGGCGUCAGCACGGGGCUCAGGCUGACAACACUUCCGUUAUAAAGCGGGAGUGAGGACGGGGAUGUCCACACAAGUCCACACAGUGUUGCAGCCGCUGAGUUCCUGCAUGCCCAGACAGUGAAGUCUUCGGGUGCUACGUGUCUGGGCCGCCUGGCGUUGAUAGCCGUCAGGCUGCGGGGGCUUGGAUGCUUCAGGAGAGGGUGAGCGGCCUGCAGCGCGCUGAGCGAUGCCGACAAGGCACACCGUCGACCAAAAGCAGGUUCUACCAUCGCCGCAUCGAGCACGAUGAAGCUCCUCUGUGCA